CCCCCCGGCGAGCCGCCCCGUCCAUGGCGGAGGAGCGGGGGGCCGAGCUGGGGGCCGCCCCGGAGCGCCGCAGGGAGCCCGUCUGCAGGCAGCGCCGCUCCGAGCGCUCCGCGGCGCGGAGGGGGCGGUGGCAGCCAAGCUGGGGGGCCGCAACCGCUCCGCGCAGGGGGGGAGCCGCGGCGGAGGGAGGGGGCGCCCGGGGAAGCGGCGUGUGCCGCCGGGGAGGCGGAGGGGGGAGGCUGCACGCGCAGGCACCGAGGGCGAAGUUGGCGGCGGGGGGGGAACAGGCUUGGCGUGCACGGAGAGAGCCCGGCUCCACGGGGGAGGGGGACGGCAGCAGCAGCGCGGAGGGUCCGGAGUCCGGCGCGGAUGCGGUGGCGGCACCCAGGGACCCCCGCCGCGGGCAGGGCACCGCACGCUGCGCGACGCGGAGCGGAGAAGCGGCGCGAUCCCGGCGAUCCCAGGAGAAGCUGCACGGAUCCACUCGCAAAGAAAAUCUACCUUCAGGAGUGAAGACAACUCUCAAGACCGUCAUCUUUUUCACCGAGACAGAUGGUGCUUUUCAAGGGCAGAUGCAGGACACACAAAUUUAAAGCAUGACAGCAAAGAAGUCCCUUCUGCUCGUUUCAUUUUGUAGAAGAAGAAAAUAAUAAAACUUCUCAUUGAUCCCUGGACUGCACUCGAGUGAGAGCUGUUAGCUGUCACUAAUACAAGCAACUCGGGAGUGUGAAGAGGGUCAAGUGGAGGAUCAGCUCAUUACUGUGAUUUAAGAAUGGAGAGGACAAAUGCUAUUCUCAUCCUAAAUAUUUUCUUUCUUGUUCUGUACUGCAAAAGGAAAGACAUUCAAUGUGUGCUUCAAAGUCACAUUGCAAUCCCAAUCUAAUUGUUCAUGUUGGGUUUAAUAUAAACAAAAUCUAAUUGCA